AUGGGGCAAGACAAGGUUCCUGAGUCAGAGUCCCUGCACAAGUUCCUGGUGCUCAGUGGAGUUCCUGGAGGCCUCACGGUCAUGAGUCAGGAAGACGUGUGCUCAGAGGAAGCCCCAUAUCAGUUGGCAAAGCUCUUACUGUUGUUGUUAGUUUCCUACUAUGUUGGAACCUUGGGGACACACACUGAGAUCAAGAGAGUGGCAGAGGAAAGGGUCACAUUGCCCUGUCACCAUCAACUGGGGCUUCCAGAAAAAGACACUCUGGAUAUCGAAUGGCUGCUCACAGAUAAUGAAGGGAACCAGAAAGUGGUGAUCACGUACUCCAGUCGUCAUGUCUACAACAACUUGACUGAGGAACAGAAGGGGCGCGUGGCCUUCGCUUCCAAUUUCCUGGCCGGUGACGCCUCCCUGCAGAUUGAGCCUCUGAAGCCCAGUGAUGAGGGCCGGUACACCUGCAAGGUGAAGAAUUCAGGACGCUAUGUGUGGAGCCAUGUCAUCCUAAAAGUCUUAGUGAAACCAUCUAAGCCCAAAUGUGAGCUGGAAGGAGAGCUGACAGAGGGAAGUGACCUGACACUGCAGUGUGAGUCAGCCUCUGGCACAAAGCCCAUCAUGUAUUUCUGGCAGCGCGUUCGAGAGAAGGAGGGAGAGGAUGAGCAUCUACCUCCCAAAUCUAGGAUUGACUACAACAACCCUGGCCGUGUUCUACUGCAGAACCUCACCAUGUCCUCCUCUGGACUGUACCAGUGCACAGCAGGCAAUGAGGCUGGGAAGGAAAGCUGUGUGGUCAGAGUGACUGUACAGUAUGUACAAAGCAUUGGCAUGGUCGCAGGAGCGGUGACAGGUGUGGUGGCUGGAGCCAUGCUGAUCUUCCUCUUGGUGUGGCUGCUAAUCCGAAGGAAAGACAAAAAGAGAUAUGAAGAGGAAGAGCGGCCCAAUGAAAUUAGAGAAGACGCAGAAGCCCCGAAAGCCCGCCUGGUGAAGCCCAACUCCUCCUCCUCAGGCUCGCGUAGCUCCCGCUCUGGGUCGUCCUCCACUCGCUCCACGGCAAACAGUGCCUCGCGCAGCCAGCGGACACUGUCCACGGAAGCCGCACACCAGCCAGGGCUGGCGGCCCACGCGUACAGCCUGCAGCAGCCGGAGGAGAGAGGUCCCGAACCAAAGAAAGCUCCCCAUGUCCCCCUGACCAAAGCAGAAAUCGUGUCCAGCACGCUCCCCAGCCAGAGCAGAGCCUUCAAUUAG